UAUGGCGGCUGAUCCAACGUGUCUGUGUUGUUAUUAAUAUUUAAGACUGGAAAUUCAAAACAUUUAUGAAUACUUUUCGACCAUGGCUGCGGAAUGUCAAUACCUGUUCAUUACGGAUCUUCCAGAAGAAAUACUGGAGAUUAUCCUAGCCAAAUUAUCCCCUUAUCGGGAUUUGAAAUCUGCUAAACUUGUUUGUAAACAGUGGCAUCGCCUCGUGACAGGUGUUACUCAGAAACUAUAUGAAAACUUCCAGCAGUGCAUCAAGACGUCCAGUGUUGUAUGGACUCCCUUCCAGGCUGAGGCAGGCCCUACCAUCACUGAGCGAUACUCCCACUGUGCCUGUUACUAUGACAAGUCCUUGUAUGUCUGGGGCUGCACCUCCACAAACACCACCUUCAAUGAUCUGUGGAGGUUUGACUUGGCAACCAGACAGUGGAUAAGACCUCUGGCGAUGGGAACCUACCCGUCCCCAAAGGCCUGUGCCUCCAUGGUGGUGUACAAGGACAACCUGGUUCUGUUUGGGGGUUGGAGUCACCCUACACCCUAUCCACUUCACCAGGCUGCAAGGUUUUUUCCGGAGUUGCAUAUGUACAACCCAUUCAGUAAUCGCUGGAGUCAUGUGACCAGUCUGUCUCGUCCAUUACCAAAACCCAUUGCUGGACAUUCAGCCUCCGUCGUGAAGGAUGUCAUGAUAGUAUUUGGCGGAUCUCAUGUGCCAGGAGUCGGGAGUAAUGAUGUUUGGGUGUUUGAUUUUAUUGAAUCAGUCUGGAUAAAACACCCCACCUCAAAUCUCAAACCUAACCCUCGGUAUGGACAAUCUCAGGUGACAGUUAAUGAGAAUUGUCUGCUGACUGGGGGCUGUGGGGGUCCCAACCAGAUAUUCAACGACAUCUGGCUCCUGGACCUGAACUCAGCUCCAUGGGAGUGGCAUGAGAUCUCCGUCAAGAAUCCUGAGUCUGCUGCCCCUCAGCUGUGGUGUCACCCAGCCUGCAAGGUCGGUGAUGUCAUGGUUAUUCUGAGCAAGCCAGUGAAAUCAAACCAGCCAGCGCCAGUCGUGGCUCCCCGAGCUCCAGUUCAAACUAGCCGCGUGUGGGUUCCUCCCCGUGGGGAGGUGCAGCCUGGGCCCAUGAGAGGCCCCUCAUCACCCACAGUAGCAAAGAGGCCAUUCCCUGAUACUGACGACAGUUCCAGUGCUGAGAGUUCAAACGAGGAUUCCGGCAGAAUUCAGUCACAGGAGAUGAAGAUGCUGCCCACGGGUGAUGAUGGAGAUUCAAGGAAAGAUAAUGACAGCAGUGAUUCAGGUACCGAAUCCAACUAUGGCGGAACAGCCAGUGUCCGUCCCGGCUUCCCAUCCGUCCGUCCUAACGCCAUGAGGAACAGACAGAGACAGUUAGAGACAUUACGGAAGUAUGAGGAACGCUUACGAAAUGUUCAGGGCGUAAGUGGAGCGGGGAACGGUGCUGGUGGUGCCGACAACUGGGCUAAGCCAGCUCAGCAAGGACCUGCAAGGGAACCCCGAUCCGCAAUGUGUCUACAUCUCUUAGAUAUCUGUGAUAUAGAUAGGAAGCUGGAAGCAUCGUGGUCCAUUCCAAAUGAGGCGACAUCCUGUGAUACCCCUGAGGAGACGAUAUUUUACACGUUAGUCGAAGGUCGAGGAGAGCUGGUCCUGUUUGGAGGAAUACAGCGGGACAUCAACUCGAUGCAGCGUGGAAUUGAUGUCAAUUUAAAGUCCCAUGUUGUCAGUAACAAUUUAUACAUCAUUGGCUCCAAGAAACAGACUCUCUAGGAGUGGAUGUGAUAUGUUCUACAGUGUUGUAUGGAAACUAAAUCAAAGUAUCCUAUUAGUUACGUUGUCUCGGGACCCUCUUGCACAGAACUAUCUUAGCCAUAAGUCCCGUUAACACUUAAACAUAAACUAACACUGUCGUAACUCCUACGUUUUAAGAUAGACUUCCAAUAUUGGUAGCACUUAGACUAUUGAAAAUACUGCCUGUGAAUAUGGACUAUCAAUAGUGAUGGCCUGGAGACUAUUUUGACUUCUACACUUAAAUAUAGACCUGAAAUAGUGGUAGCACUAAGACUAUUGUAAGGCUUACACUUAAACAUAGACUUACAAUAGUGGUAACACAUAACUAUGAAUAUCCAAUAGUGGGUACCCAAAGACUGUUAUAAUGCCUAAAUUUUAACAUACACUUACAUUACAUAGUAGUAACAUGUAAGUAUGGACAUCCAAUAGUGUUCACCCGAAGAUAUAUUUUUACACGUUUUCAAUAGUGUAGGCCUAAUUUGCUGGUGUGUUAGUGCUAAGAUUGCUAGUUCAAGUGGGUCUUGACCAACCAUCAAGUAGUCAAAUAUGUAUGAUCUCUUCUGUGAGUUACAAUUAGUCAUCGUUAGAUCUGUUUCCAUGGUAACAUGUUUUGGAGUGCAUGUAUCGUCAUUUUAAGUUACUGCCAGGGUUGGCUGAAAGGUUCUGAGACUUACUGUGAAGGAAGGACAGUACACCGUGCACAGUUUGCACAUAUUAAAUACAUCACCUUCCAAAUACUUUACCAAAUUCACAACCAUGCAGGAUAUUUCUGUAGGAAUAUAAUUCACUGAAAA